CCCGCCGGCCGGCCGGCCCGAGCCUUGGCGCGCCUCCCUCUCCGGGGCGGCUGCGGCAAAACUCUGGGCCGACCCCGCACUCCCGCCUCCCGCCCGCGCCGACCAGGCGGGGAAUGCCUGUGCCGAGACCCACUUCCCACAAGGCCGCUAGAGGACCGCCAGAGCGGCCCCGGGCGUUCGGGCACUCUCCAAAGGCCACCCCCUCCCGUUCAUUCAUUGUCACUCCGGACUCCACACGGACGGGCUGGGACCGCGUCCUGAAACGCCCGCAGGCGAUGGGGAAAGGGCUCCCGACUGACAGCCUCUCCGCUGGGCGAUAAGCGCAGUCCCAGCGCCGUCGGGAGGCAGCGCGCCCUCUCCCAGGGCCAGUCUAAAUUCGUCUCCCCUCCCGCUCCCCCUCCUUCCUUGCUUGCGGGGAGAGGCCGCGAUGAGGGCCCUAAGAGCCUCUAGUCCUGCAGCCAUGGCCAUGCAGAAAAUCCUGGCCCGGGAAAUCCUGGACUCCAGGGGCAACCCCACUGUGGAGGUGGACCUGUACACAGCCAAAGGCCGAUUCCGAGCAGCUGUGCCCAGCGGAGCUUCCACAGGUAUCUAUGAAGCUCUGGAGCUAAGAGAUGGAGACAAAUCUCGCUACCUGGGCAAAGGCGUCUUGAAGGCUGUGGAACACAUCAACAAGACUCUGGGUCCUGCUCUGCUGGAAAAGAAACUAAGCGUUGUGGAUCAAGAAAAAAUUGACAAAUUUAUGAUUGAGCUGGAUGGGACUGAGAAUAAAUCCAAGUUUGGAGCCAAUGCCAUCCUGGGAGUGUCCCUGGCUGUGUGCAAGGCUGGAGCAGCUGAGAAGGGGGUCCCGCUCUACCGGCACAUCGCAGAUCUUGCUGGGAACCCGGACCUGGUCCUCCCGGUGCCUGCCUUCAAUGUGAUCAAUGGGGGCUCCCAUGCUGGAAACAAGCUGGCCAUGCAGGAGUUUAUGAUUCUGCCUGUGGGAGCCAGCUCCUUCAAGGAAGCCAUGCGCAUUGGUGCGGAGGUCUACCACCACCUCAAGGGGGUCAUCAAGGCCAAGUAUGGGAAGGACGCCACCAAUGUGGGUGAUGAGGGCGGCUUUGCACCCAACAUCCUGGAGAACAAUGAGGCCCUGGAGCUGCUGAAGACCGCCAUCCAGGCAGCUGGCUACCCAGACAAGGUGGUGAUUGGUAUGGAUGUGGCAGCAUCUGAGUUCUAUCGCAAUGGGAAGUACGAUCUUGACUUCAAGUCACCCGACGAUCCCGCACGGCACAUCACUGGAGAGAAGCUGGGGGAGCUGUACAAGAGCUUCAUUAAGAACUAUCCUGUGGUCUCCAUUGAAGACCCCUUUGACCAGGAUGACUGGGCCACUUGGACCGCGUUCCUCUCGGGGGUGGACAUACAGAUUGUAGGAGAUGACCUCACCGUCACCAAUCCCAAGAGGAUUGCCCAGGCCGUGGAGAAGAAGGCUUGCAACUGCUUGCUUCUGAAGGUCAACCAGAUUGGCUCGGUGACAGAAUCUAUCCAGGCAUGCAAACUGGCUCAGUCUAAUGGCUGGGGAGUGAUGGUGAGCCACCGCUCCGGGGAGACCGAAGACACAUUCAUUGCCGACCUCGUGGUGGGGCUCUGCACAGGACAGAUCAAGACUGGUGCCCCCUGCCGCUCAGAGCGUCUGGCCAAAUACAACCAGCUCAUGAGGAUUGAGGAGGCACUCGGGGACAAGGCUAUCUUUGCUGGACGCAAGUUCCGCAACCCAAAGGCCAAGUGAGAAGCUGGGGGCCCCAGGACCCACAGGCUAGAUGGAGGCCUUCAAGCCCUUCUCCCCGAAAUAAACACUGGUGCCAGCCGA